CUACGGUGGAAGCGCUGAGAAAGCGCCGGAGAGCCGGAGAACUUUCUCGAACUUUCUGCGACGGUUGAAAAGCGCGGAGCAGCGCGGCGCUCUCAGUCACAAACACGGAGAGAGGAAAGGGGCGGUCAGGAGAAAACAAGAGAUAUUCCGCUGAAAACAAGCCAGUUUGGGAUAGAGACAGUUGAAAGUGAGCAGAACAGUCGACUUGUGACAGUUUUGGACGCUCAGCGCGGUUAAAUUCUGCCUAAUUUUCGGUUUAACUAGCUGUAACGUAGCAGCGACUAAGAAGUUUCCGUAGAUGGUGAAGAUGGGGAAGGACUACUACGGCGUUCUGGGCAUCAGCAAGGGCGCGUCCGAAGACGAGAUCAAGAAAGCGUACCGCAAACAGGCUCUGAAAUACCACCCGGACAAAAACAAGUCUCCGGGAGCCGAGGAUAAGUUCAAGGAGAUCGCCGAGGCUUACGAUGUCCUGAGCGACCCGAAGAAGAAGGACAUUUACGACAGAUUUGGAGAAGAUGGUGAGUGACGUGUCGUUUACGUUAAAUGCGUUGUGUUCCAGCGCAAGAGUUACAAACGUAGCGUUAAACUCUGUCCUCUAAAUAGGUUUUCUUUCUCUUAGAGUCCUAAAAUGCUGCAUAAUACUUAAGUAAUAUCCAUACUAGUUUCAUUUUUGUACAAUAUUGACGCAGUACUGUAUUGUAUUAAUCUAAAAUAGUGUCAGUAGCACUGUCCAGAGUUGCUUUAGGAGUCCUACGCAGAUUCCCGUAGAGCUGUUGUCGGUUUAGUUAGAUCUUCCCAAAACGGUUUUAUUCGAUUAUCGAGGCUGUUGACAGGUCGGACUGCGGGUAGAAUAGGCUGGUUCAUGAAGGCUCAUGUCUGUGCUGAGGCUCUGUAGGCGUUCCUGGUGAUAUUGCUGUGUGCUGAGUCUUAUCUGAGCUCCAGUUUAAACUCGUUGAAAGUCCUCCAGCAACUCCACACCCAGCUAAUCCAGUCCGAGAGCUGGAAAUAACUGGCAGGUCCAGACUGGCAGCCCUGUAUGUGUAUGUAUUUUGACCUAAUUUAAAAAUACCUAUUGCCCUUUACAUUGUGUGUACAUUUCAUGAUAAACGGGCCAAAAG